ACAUGUAUUACCUAUAUUUAUCAUGCUGUUUUGACACUUGUUUCGACAUAGCAGAAAUUGUCACUUUGCUACAUUUAUAGUAAAAUUAUAGUCAUUUUAUGUAAAUAAAAUUGGAGGAGUUAGCUAUCUAGUGAUACAUAAACGUUUAUGGCAAUGACAAAGGGAAUGAAAGAUUAGAUUAUGGGAUUCUAAUUUAUCGGACAAGUUUCGCGAUCUUUUCGAUCAGGCCCAUGACAGUGACUCUUCAACCUAAGAUGAUAUCUUAUGCUCGCCAAUCGCAAUAUACGCCUAUGAUGAUGUGUCAAUGUUAUAUAACUCUAUUAUUAUGAUACAUGUAUCGUUAUCUGUUAACCUUCGGUCGUAUUAAGCAUUGCACUAAAUAAUGGCAAGCGAAUCUUGGAAUGUUUUGGUGACGGGAGGUGCUGGGUAUAUUGGGUCUCAUACAGUCUUGGAAUUAUUACAAGCAGAUCUUCAGGUGGUAGUAAUUGAUAACCUUAGCAAUGCCUAUAAAGACUUAAAUUCCGAAAAACCAGAAUGCCUCCUCAGAAUAGAAAAAUUGACAAAUAAGAAUAUUGCAUUUAUUAAUUGUGACAUCACAAAUAUUAAUGAUUUAAGAAAUGUAUUUCAAAAGUACACUUUUCAUAGUGUCAUACACUUUGCUGCAUUGAAGGCAGUUAGUGAAUCAUGUCAAAAACCACUUGAAUAUUAUAAAACUAACGUCAGUGGAACAAUAAAUUUAUUAGAAGUUAUGCGAGAGAACAAUGUAAAACAUUUUAUUUAUUCAAGUAGUGCCACAGUUUACGGUGUACCUCAACAACUUCCUUUAGUGGAAGAUAUGAAAACUGGCAAUUGCACAAAUCCCUAUGGGAGGACAAAGUUUAUGGUUGAAGAAAUAUUAAAAGAUUUGUGUACAUCAGAUAAGGAAUUUUCUGUUAUAUCUUUGAGAUAUUUUAAUCCUGUUGGCGCACAUCCUUCAGGUCAAAUUGGAGAAGAUCCUAAUGGUAUACCAAAUAAUUUAAUGCCUUAUAUUGCACAAGUCUCUGUUGGAAAAAGGGAUACAUUAUAUGUUUAUGGUAAUGAUUAUGAUACACCUGAUGGCACAGGUGUACGUGACUAUAUUCAUAUUAUGGACUUAGCAGUAGGACAUGUUAAAGCUAUAAUUUAUCAAAAAACUCAUAAUCUAAAAGGAUUUAAGCCGAUAAAUCUUGGUACUGGAAAAGGCUAUUCUGUUCUUGAAGUUAUACAUGCAUUUGAAAAAGCAUCUGGAAAGAAAAUUUCAUAUAAAAUAGUUGAACGUAGACCGGGUGACAUAUCUGUUAGUUAUGCGGAUGCUAGUAUCGCUAAUAAAGAAUUGAAUUGGGUUGCUACAAAAAAUAUGGACGACAUGUGCUUAGAUACAUGGAAAUGGCAACAAAAUAAUCCAAAUGGAUAUAAAAACUGAUAAAUAUUAUCUAUUAUUAAAGUUUAAUCAUUCAUGCUUGAAGGUAUUACAUUUUCAAAGAUAUUACCUUUCAUAUAUUAUCAGAAAGAUGAUUGAAAUCACGGUGGUAUAUAGUUACCAAAUAUAUUACCAAAGUUAAGACCAAAGCACAUAUAAAAAGAGUAAUUAUUUAUCUUGUAACUGCUAUAUUAAGUGAAUUCAUGUGAAGAUGACGCAAAUUUAAAAAGAUUAAUUAAAAUUUAAGAAGACAUUUUCAUUAUCUGGUGCAAUGGAUAAUUUUUAUGAACAUGUUAACAUUUAACUGCAUAUACAUUGAAAUUAAAUUUUCAUAGCAUUAUUGUGCCAUUUUAAAUAAUUACAAAAUAGGACUCUGAUAACUUGGAGUGGUAUUUUUACAAAUAUAUAUUUUCAUCAAUACUGAUAUAUAUUUUGUAUACUUAUAUUUGUAAUGUGUUACCUUCAUUUCACAACUGGCUCACCGAUUAUAUCCAUAACUUUAUGCACGAUAUAAGUAGAGAUUUUUGUUACUUUUUUUAGCUAUUGUAAAAGUUAAAGAGAAUCAAAAGAAAGAUAAAAAGUAUAUAAAUAUAUAAGAUUUGUAAGAUUUAUAACUAGGACAAAUUUUAACAUGAAAGAUGGAUAGCUUAUGUGCAUAAUCGCAUGGUGAUUAGAUAAUCUUGCAUUGUGGUGAGGGAACAUUAAACUUUUAUGAGGCUAGCAUGAGGGAACUUUUUCUCUCGAAGGAUUUUUCCUUCCUUAGAUUCAUAUUAAAAUAUAGAUUUAUAAAAAUUGUAGAAGGGAGAGAGCCUUGUAUAAAGGAUAAUUGAAAAUAGCAAUAAGGAAUCUAAUAUACUAACUUUGAACAAUUUCAUCAGAACAGCAUGAAUAUAUAUUUCAAAUAUAUACAUAUACACUAUAAACAAUGCUCAAUGUGUUAAAACAUAUAAAUCAGGUAUAUAUGUAUAAUACAAAUGCACAGACAUAUAUUAUAAUGGUACUAGAUCGCUAAUGUCGAUGUUAAAAAUGAUUUAAGAGCAAUAAUUUUUAUAUGGAUAGAAAAUAUAUUAUAGGAUAAGAAACACACACACACACAUUUGAUAUUUUUCAUUUUUAUCUUUACAAUAAUCAUCAUCAUUUCUUAUCAAGAGAUAUGGCAUAUCGAAUUCUGCAACAUACGAUACAUGACAUUCUACUUAUAAAUAGCUACUCAUAAAUAGCUGUCUUUGCAUUACAUUUUACUAUAUGAGAUACUUAGCAAUCUAAUGUAAUAUAUAAAAAUUUAUGGGUAAAA